AUGACAAGUGAGAAAGAAAAUGAAAUAUGUGAAAAUAGUUGGCAAAAAAAUAAUGAUAAUGGAAGCGAGAUAAAUAUGUGUAUAAAAGAAAAUAGUUUAAAAUACGAUGAAGAUAAUAUAAAUGAAAAUAUCUCAUAUGAUGAUAUAAUAAGCCAAAAUUUAAAUGAAAAAAAUUCAUCAGAAAGUUCUAUUGAUUCUUUAUUUACAGAAGAUAAUAAUAAUAAAAAAGUAUAUAAUAAUACUAAAAAUAAUAUAAAUAUAAAAAAUAAAAUAAGCAAAAAUAUUAAUAAAACAAUUGAAGAAAAUAGUCACAUAUGUAUUAAUAGAGAAUAUACAUAUAGUUACUAUAAUAACAAAAAUAUGACAAAUAAUUUGUGUAAUAGUAAAUAUAUGAACACAGAUAUAAAUAAUACAUUGUGUAAGGAUAUUAUAAUAACUGAUAUUAAUCAUAAGGACAUAAUAAUAACUGAUAUUAAUAAGAAUAAAAUAUCGAAAGAUAUAUAUAAGAAAGAAAAUAUGAACAGUGAUAAUAUUUAUAAUAAAGAAAAGAAAAAAACUCUUCUAGUAAAUCAAGCAGUAUUCUUUACUCCUAAAAAAACUACACUUAAUUCAAGUAAUGAAAAAAAAGAUAUGGAAUAUAAAAAGUUAAAAAAUAUCAAUCAUGAUAAUAUAUCAAAGGAUAUUAUAAAUGGUCAUUCUUCAUACAAGAAAUUUUAUGAAACAAAUAGUAUGACAAGUAUUAAUAAUAAUAAUAAUAAUAAUAAUAGUAGUAGUAGUAAUAAUUAUUUAUAUAAUAUUGAAGAGAAAAGAAAUAAAAAUGAAACCUUUAGCACGCAAACUAUUUUGAGAAGAAAAGAAAACUUAUUACUUGAUAAUAAUAAUAAUAAUAAUAAUAAUAAUAAUAAUAAUAAUGGUGUAAAUAUAUGUAAGGAUAUCAAAAAGAUAAACAAUGAUAAUAUUAAUAAUAUGAAUAAAUUUGAAUACUUAAUGUGUCAAGAUAAAGAAGAAAGAGAAAAACAAGAAACAAAUAUAUACACAAUUAUGGGAUCAGAAAUAGAAAGAGAUAAAAAUAAAGAUAAAUAUAAUGAAAUGAAUAAAGAUAAAUAUAAUGAAAUGAAUAAAGAUAAAUAUAGUGAAAUAAACAAAAAUAUAUUUAAUGAUAUAUAUAAUGAUAAUAAAAAUAUAGAUGUUGAUAUAAAAAGAAAAGGUAGUAACAGUUAUAAAAUUAAUACAUAUAAUAAAAUGAUUAAUAUAGAAAAUGAUGUGAAUGGUUAUCAUCAUAAUAGUAGUCGUAGUGAACAUAAUUUUGAUAUAUUCAAUGAAAAUGAAAAAAUAAAAUCUUUUCAUGUGAAUAAAUUAAAUUCUAUUAAUGAUAAAGAAAAUGAUAUAAGUAGUAAUUCAAAAAAACUGGAUUAUUUAAAUUUAUGUAAUUAUUCAACAGAAAAAAAAACUGAUAUGUUAAAUCUGUUACAAGAACUUUUAAGUUAUUGUGAAUGUCUAAAAAGAAACAGAAAAAAAAGUAGUUAUGAAAUUCAAAAAAUCCGAGAAAGUUAUAAUAAAGUAUCUGAUUUAUUAAAAGAAACAUUAAAAAGAGAACAGAAUAGUCAUAUCAAAAUUGAAGAAUUAAGAAAUAUUAUAAAUAAUUAUAAUGAGAAAUUUGAAAGAAUAAAAAAUAGUUCUGAAGGUACUAUCACAAAUUUAAAUAAAAAUGUACAAACACUUAUAGAAUUAAAUAAUAAUUUAGAAAAUGAAAUGAAUAAAAUAAUUGAAGAAAAUAUAUAUCUUCGAAAAACAAUACAACAUGAAAUAUCACUUAAUAAAGAAAUUAAUGAUUUAAGAAAACAAAUUGAAAUCUUAAGUAAUGAUAAAAUUGUACUUAUUGAUCAAAUAGAUUCUUUAAGAUUAGAAAAUUCUAAAAUAGAAAAUGAAAAAAAUGUUCUUUUAAGUGAUAAAACUAUACUUAAUUGUAAAAUUGAUCAAUUAGAAAAUGAAAUUAAAAAUAAUGUACACAUACAUAAAAAAAACUUAUCUGAAAAAGAAGAUAAUAAUCCAUUCAUUAUAUAUACAGAUGAACAAAUUAAUGAACAUAUUAAUAAUUAUUUAAAUUUAAAUCAUGAGGAAAGAAAAGAACAUUUCAAAAAUUUCAUGUAUCACUGGAGAGAAACAAAUAAAGCUGGUCAAAAGUUUUACGACCAAGCAUUUUAUAAUUAA